CGGUAGCGCACCUGGUGUUGGAGCGGUACGGCUCAAUAGCGUUUCGUGUCUUUCAUCUUCGUCUUCGGUAAUUACGAGGGUAGGGGUGGGAAGGCCUGCCUUCACCAUCAUGAGGGUGUGAACCGACCGUGAGAUACGGGGCGGUCAAGGCAGUGGCCUGGCCUUGAGGUCUGAUCUGUGGACGCGAAUUGGUUAGCAACUUGCCUGAUUUCCAUACUGUGAUUCUCUUGAUGGCGUUGGACGAUGUAGAAAACACUGCAGAGCUUUACCAAGGAGGCGGGAGCGACGGCCGAAGUCUACCCUUGCGGACCGUCACGGGCAAUUCACGAAGCAGAAUGCAGGUAUAACUUUCCCCCCCAUCCACACUGAUACCCGGGGUUGGAGGAAGUUCAUAUUAUUAUUAUUGUUUCCUAUUUCUUUGAAGCUUCUAUUGAACACUUAAAUAUCUAUAGGCCAAUAGGUUGAUAGGUCGAUAGGAUCGUGUACGGUAUGGCGGCCUCAGGGCCGUCUUCAUCCACCACUCUGGAUGAGAAGGAACGAAUUCGGGGCAUUAUGUCCCAGUGUUAUCUGGAUGGGAUUCUCCCCCCACGCCUUGCUCCCUCCAAGGUCGAGGUGGGGGAUGACUACCUUAAAGUAACGGUCAACCAGGAGUUAUAUAACAUCCAGGGGGAGUGGUUGCGCGAACAUGCGGUUACGAUACUCUUUGGGGACGAUUCUUCGUCGAUCCCCACUGAGGUCAAAAAGAAACUGGUGCGGGUCUAUGAGAACGGGUGGGCUGCUCAUUUGACCACCCCAGCUAAGCGUGGCCUGUUCCACAACGAAGGUCGGAAUCUGAUUACGUAUGUUGCUCCCUCCAAAGAGGGAGCAGACUGGAUGCUCCGCUAUGGUCAAACGCAAAUCGAGCUCGAGAAGGUCAUCCAUAAGGUCCCGAUCGGUGUCUUGCCACUUCUACCUGGAGUUGUCCGAGAUGCAUACGGCAGUGACCUCCUGAAAGAGUACCCCGCCUUCAAGUCCAAGUUGAAUCCUGAUAUGUUGAAUGUGCGCUUUGACUUGGAGUCAGUGGCUAGACUUCGGUAUAGAAAAUACCUGGUCGUGGAGUUAGGGGACUAUGGUUAUGUGGAGUUGGAAGUAGUCUGUGCCGAAACGCCUUGGUGUCCUCUAUGUAGAAGGCACUUCCACUGGGAAAAUGAUGAGGAUUGCCCCUCUCGGAAGAAAACUUCGUAUGCGAAAGCAGUGAAAACUCAGGGAGGAGGCACGGGGAAGACAAAGAAAGAUGGCACUGAGGGUAAGGAGGGCGGAAAAGAGGGAAUAGGGAAGGAGAAGGAAGAGAAGGGAAAGGAUAAGGAGGGGUCGGAAAAACCUACAAAGGACGAUACAGAGAAAAGCUCUGGAAAGAGAUCGAGGAAGGGUUUGGGGGAAGUCGGAGAGAAGGAGGGAGGUGAAAAGCAGGGAAGCAGUUCCCCCCCCAUGCCAUUGGGUGAAAAGGAGAAGGAGAAAGGGACAAAGGAGAACACGGAGCAACCCGGGGAAGAGGAACGGGAAGCUGCGGCGAAAGGCUCUCCUGGGAAUGCAAUUGUCCUUACACUGAGUACAUGCACCGGCGUCGUUGAAGGCCUAGAAGAACGAGCAAGACGAAAGAAUGAUAAAACAGCAGUAACGAUAUCAUCAUCAUCGUCAUCAUCAUCAUCAUCAUCAUCAUCAUCAUCAUCAUCAUCAUCAUCAGCAGCAGCAGCAGCAGCAGCAGCAAGAGACACAACAGUAGGAUCAGCAUCUUUCUCAAUAAUGUCAUCGAAUUCAUCAUCGCCACCACCGUCCUACGACCACCGGUCUGGUUUCUUCGACGUUCAGCAGAGCCGUGGUGUCCCUCUCUUGCGAGAGCUGGAGGUAACAGCACCGGGUAUAUCGAUGCCAACCGAUCGCGAAUUGCAAAUCGAAGAUAAGGCCGCUGUGGAAGCGCAGAGGCUCGUCUUCUUUCACCAAGCGGAAUCGCCAUUCAACCACUCCAAUACGUCAAGCUUUGGAACCUCCGCGGUGAGGAACUUAGUCUUAUCUCCCAACGGACAAGUGUUGUACGUGUUGAUCUUCUCGCGUGUCCUUCUGCGUCAAGCUGUUAAUGGCAACGAGGUGACACAUGUGAUGGAGUCCUAUUGGAAGGCGGAUCUUGGCAGCAUCAUGGGAAACGGUUUGGCCAAAACCGACCUCCUCAGUUAUUGGUGGCUCUUUGACGACACGAACACGACGACGAGGGUUGAAGUGCCCACCAUCGUUAGACCCCUCGAUACGUCGAACCCCAACAUGGCCUUCGUCUACGGGAUGGAUAUUCUUUCCGGGGGUGAACAGUUGGUCCUGGGAUCAGGAACGGAUCCUCCAUCUGCACCGUCCAAGAUCUACUUCUUAUCGACGGUGAACGGCAGCCGAUCGUGGACAUUGACGGAUGCGCCGAGUCUGGGUAGCUUGGCAUUGAGUCGCAACAAGACGAACGUGUAUGUCGCGGACAGGCCGUCUCCUUAUGUGCGACUUCUUUCUGCACCUGUACCUAUGCCCUCCUAUCCCUCCGGCGGCCUUCCAUCGGAGAAUGCUACCACCUUAAAGGUUCUUUCGACGUUCCUUGGAAGUGCAAACGUCAGCGACGCUAAGUUCGGCCCUCAGAGCUUGGACCCCAACCGGAGCUGCCUUUACUUCGUCGACACCAUGUUUGCCAGAGUGUGGGCGAUCGAGCCAUUGCCCAACAGGGCGCCGGUUCUUGUGGCGGGUGAUGCGGCGGAGUCGGGACCGGUGCGAUUGCGCAGUCCGAUGCAGGCGGUUGUCUCCCCUGAUGGGUACCAUCUCUUCGUCUCGGAGAGUAGUGGCAGUCUACAAUGGAUUGCGCUGGAAACGCCAUGUGGCAAAGCGCGCCGAGUGUCCACUCUGGUCUCAGGUAGCAAUCUCGCAUUGCAGGGAUUGGCUCUCCGGUACAACGAUACCCACAUUAUACUUUACGUUGGGUCAAGCGCCGGUCAAAUCUUUGAGCUUGUGAUCAAUCGGGCCAGUCUGGCGACGAGGAGUGAGCCCUCCUCUCCCAUCAGCAGCAGCAUAUCUGCUUCCUCACCCAUGCCGUCAGAGUCCGGUCCAGAGUCUCCCAUCCCUUCUCUGUCGCACCCUCCUGCCGUCGACAAACCUCGCUCUUCUUCCAAAUCCACCCACCACCUCCCCGUCGUCCUUCCUGUUGUGGUGAUCGUUGCACUUGCCUCAAGCCUAGCGCUUUUCGUUUGCUACCUUCGUCGUCGGUCUACCAGCUGCUCCGAGAUGCCCAAGCCUGUCGACAAGGAUCUCGACGCCGAGCUGGUGGGCAGAGAAAGCGGCCAGUCACUCACCGAGGAGCAAGACGGCGCGAAGCUAAUCAACAAGGAAAUCGACGUCCAACCCAUCCGAUCUUUCACGUAUGAGUUCUUGAGCUUUUGCACCAAUAACUUCGAUGAGGAGUAUCGGGUCGGAAAGGGGGGCGGCUUCGGAUCCGUGUAUUGGGGGCAAAUCGACGGACAGCAAGCAGCGAUCAAGGUGAUGGAGGGCUUGCUGACCCCAGCAAAGACUAGGCAGUUCGUUGCUGAACUGAACACCUUAAGUCGUGUUCAUCAUGCCAACCUGAUUAAGCUGAUGGGCUACUGUGCGGAGGAGAGUGCCGCCAUCCUGGUCUAUCCGUUCUUCCAAGGCGGUAGCUUGUUUCAACGCUUGCACGACCGGUCGUCCGUACCGGGCGACCUGGUCCCUGCUCCGCUCACGCUUGCUCAGCGCGCUUCCAUCGCUUAUCAGAUUGCCGAGGGGUUGCGAUACCUACACGACGGCGCGGACCCCCCAGUCAUCCAUCGGGACAUCAAGACCGCAAAUGUUCUGCUGCGUGAUCUGACGACUGAGGUGGAGCCGCAUGCCGUGCUGGCCGAUUUCGGUCUGGCGACGAUGGCGGAGAGAGUUCUGAGAACAAAUACCGAGGAGUCUUCACUGUCUUCGAUGACAGUAGUUUCUGGUACCCUUGGGUACAUGGCCCCCGAGUACCAGCUCGUCGGGACGCCGACGAAGAAGGCUGACGUGUACGCUUUUGGCGUGGUCCUCCUGGAGUUGAUGACCGGGAGGAUGGCGGCCGUGCCGUCCGACGACGGGACACAGAUAACGACGCUAACGGAGUGGCUGGACUCGUUCAAGAGUGUACCGGCUUCUCAUCUGCCUUACAAGGUGAUACACGAUUGCCUGAAGGAGAAUAUAGAGACAGUCAUGGAGGCAAGGAAUAUGGCUGUGGAGAUGUUCGGGUUGGGGUUCGACUGCAUCCAGAAAGAACCGGCGGGAAGGCCAGAGAUGGACGCCGUUGCGAAGACGUUGAAAGAUAUCAUUUCAACGGGGAAGAAGAAGAAAGUGCCAGAUCAGCAUCCGUAAGGCUGCCGGAAAUGGGCCUAAGGGCAACGGAGCAGGAAGGCUAGGAGACAUGAGAGCUCAAGAGCCGGAGCG